AUGAAAGACCGGAAGCAGUACACCAGGUUUAGCAGGAGCGAGUCACGUAAGGCUAAAGAUAAAAAAGUCAUAACAAGUAAAAAGAAAUGGCUGCGGAUUGGUUGGGUAGUUUGGUGUCCAUUAAUUGCGGACCAACUCUUGGAAUGUACCAAGGUGACGUUCAGCGCUAUUGACAUUAAGGAUCUAAAGAUAUUGGAUUUUGGGAAAGGCAGCACAAAGAAUGGUACGUCUGCAAAGACAAACACGACUCCUGUUGCUGUGCCAAAGGGUGACCCCAGAACAGUGGAGAAGGUGAACUCACCUCAGCACUUCUCCAAAAGCUACGGAGAGCGUCACCAGGAUGUACCUGGACAGCCAAAGGGAUUUCGAAAAAGACACAAUUCAUGGUCCUCGAGUAGCAAAGCAAAUCAAGUCACCCCAAAAAAGAAUGGAAUGAAAAACGGUGGCGGCCAAAUGAAGCCGAGAGACGAUGAGUGUUUUGGUGAUGGAAUGGACGACGGCCUGGGCACUGACUUUGACUUUGAAGGAAAUUUGGCACUUUUUGACAAAGCUGCAGUUUUUACUGAGAUUGAUUCGGAGCGUCGAAAUGGAGCGAGAUCAAGAGGAACGCCCCAAGACCAGACGCCUUCACGCUAUCGCCACGACGAAAACAUCAUAGAGGCCAAACCUAUUGUGUACAGACAAAUUGCAGUGCCUCAGCCAGCGGACAAAGAGUACUGCACUGAUUCAGGGCUGGUGGUCCCAAGUAUUUCCUAUGAACUGCAGAAGAGGCUGUUAACUGUUGCGGAGCGUUACGGACUCUCACUGGAUAGACGACUUGAGAUGACUGGUGUCUGUGCGAGUCAAAUGGCCCUGACGCUCCUCGGAGGGCCGAACAGAUUUACCCCAAAAAAUCUCCAUCAGCGCCCAACAGUUGCUGUCCUAUGUGGGCCUCACGUUCAGGGAGCCCAGGGCAUCAGCUGCGGGCGCCACUUGUCCAAUCAUGAAGUCGAAGUCAUUCUUUUUCUGCCCAAUUUUGUCAAGAUGCUCGAUUGUGUCACAAGUGAGCUUUCCCUCUUCAACAAAACAGGAGGCAAACAAGUGUCAAAUGUUAAAGAUCUUCCGGACACACCAGUGGACCUAAUCAUUAACUGUCUGGACUGCCAUGAAAACACAUUCCUGAUGGAUCAGCCAUGGUACAGAGCAGCAGCAGAUUGGGCAAACCAGAACCGGGCCCCAGUCCUCAGCUUGGACCCUCCUUCAAGUGGACAGGGGCAGGCGGUGGAGGCCAAAUGGUCACUGUGUCUUUGCCUCCCUUUGGCGCUGGCUGAGGGGGCUGGGAGAGUGUAUUUGUGUGACAUAGGUAUACCUCGACAGGUGUUCCAGGAAAUGAGUCUCAAGCCACCUGUAAUUAACUUGAACUCUGCACAGCUCCGGGAAGAGGAAUGCACGCUGGUUUGCUCUGAUGGUGACUGUCAAAUACCAGCAGUGAGAGGGUCCCACUGCCGCAGUAUGGCCGAGAUCCAGACUCCAUGGCCUCCAGGCACUGAAUGUGUGGCCAGAUAUAACUUCAAAGGCACAUCAGAACAGGACCUGCCGUUCAACAAGGGAGACGUGCUGACUAUUGUCGUGGUCACAAAGGACCCAAACUGGUAUAAAGCUAAAAACGCUUCGGGCCAGGAGGGAACCAUCCCCGGGAAUUAUGUCCAAAAACGAGAGGGAGUGAGAUCUGGGUGCAAACUUAGUCUCAUGCCGUGGUUUCAUGGGAAGAUAACGCGAGACCAAGCUGAGCGGCUGCUUCACCCCCCAGAGACGGGCCUUUUCCUGGUACGAGAGAGCACCAACUUCCCCGGAGACUACACCCUGUGCGUGAGCUGCGACGGCAAAGUGGAGCACUACCGCAUCGUCUACAAGCAAGGCAAACUCAGCAUCGACGAAGAGGGCUUCUUUGAAAACCUCAUGCAGCUGGUUGAGCACUACACCAAAGACGAGGAUGGCCUGUGCACAAAACUCAUCAAGCCUAAGGUGGAAGAAGGAGCAGUGGCGGCUCAAGAUGAAUUUUCAAGAAGUGGUUGGUCACUAGAUAGAAAACACCUUGUUCUACAGUCUGUUAUUGGAAAAGGAGAGUUUGGAGAUGUCAUGAUGGGAGACUACAGAGGGACCAAAGUUGCAGUAAAAUGCAUAAAAAAUGAUGCAACAGCUCAAGCAUUCAUCGCAGAGGCCUCAGUCAUGACACAAUUACGACACGAGAACUUGGUGCAGCUGCUGGGAGUGAUUGUAGAAGAGAAUGGAAGUCUGUUUAUUGUAACAGAGUUUAUGGCCAAGGGCUGUUUAGUUGAUUACUUACGUUCCAGAGGUCGGACAGUGCUUGAUUCUGAUGCACUCCUUCAUUUUGCACUAAAUGUCUGUGAAGCCAUGGCUUAUCUUGAGGCAAACAACUUUGUUCAUCGAGACUUAGCAGCACGUAAUGUACUAGUCGCAGAUGACAAUAUCGCUAAAGUCAGCGAUUUUGGCUUGACUAAGGAGGCCUCAUCAACUCAGGACACUGCUAAGCUGCCCAUCAAGUGGACUGCACUUGAAGCUCUUAGAGAAAAGAAAUUUUCCACUAAAUCAGAUGUUUGGAGUUUUGGUAUUUUGCUUUGGGAGAUAUAUUCUUUUGGCCGAGUACCUUACCCAAGAAUUCCAUUAAAGGAGGUUGUUCCUCGAGUUGAGAAGGGAUACAAAAUGGACUGUCCGGAUGGCUGUCCUGAAAUGGUUUAUAAUGUAAUGAAACAGUGUUGGAAUCUAAAUCCUGAUAAUGAAGAUGACAUGUUUUAUUUGGAGCUUCCUAAAGUGGAGCUGCACGCGCACCUGAACGGCUCUGUGAGCGUGCACACCAUCGAGAAACUCAUCCGCCGCAAACCACAGCUCAACAUCGAGCACAGCAUGACCGCUAUCGGCAAAGGCCAGCGCCGGACCCUGGACGAGUGUUUUCAAGUCUUCAAGGUCAUCCAUCAGUUAGUAGAUUCGGAGGAAGACAUCUUUAUGGUUUCUACAGAUGUUAUUAAGGAGUUUGCAGCUGAUGGUGUGAAGUACUUAGAACUGAGAAGUACACCCAGAGAGGAGAAAACUACAGGUUUGACAAAAAGAAGAUAUAUCGAGACGGUUAUCAAAGCUAUCCAAUUCUGUAAAAAGGAAGGAGUGGACAUUGACGUAAGGUUUUUAGUGGCCAUUGACCGGAGGAAUGGGAGUCAAGUGGCCAUGGAGACAGUGCAGCUGGCUGAAGAGUUUUUCACCUCCUCCAAUGGUUUGGUCGUUGGCAUUGACCUCAGUGGGGAUCCAAUGGUGGGCCAUGGGCGAGACCUUCUUUCUGCAUUACAGAGAGCCAAGAGCAGUGGACUCAAACUAUCUUUGCACCUCUCUGAAGUGCCAUCGCAACAUGAUGAAACAGAUCUGCUCCUAGAUAUUCCUCCGGACAGGAUUGGUCAUGGCACCUUCUUACAUCCUGAAAUGGGAGGAUCUCAAGGCCUCAUGGACAAAGUGGUGCAGAAAAACAUACCACUCGAGCUGUGUCUGACAUCGAACGUUAAGGGACAAACUGUACAGUGUUACUCCGAGCACCACUUCAAACACUGGUACCAAAUGGGACACCCGGUCGUCAUCUGUACUGAUGACAAGGGAGUUUUUGCCACGGACUUAUCUCAGGAAUACAAAAUGGCAGCGUCAACUUUUGGCCUCAGUCAUGAAGCCGUGUGGAAGCUCUCGCAGAAGGCCAUCGAUUACAUUUUUGCUCCUGAAUCUGUCAAAGAGCAGCUGAAGCAGAAGUGGAAAGAUUUACAGCCUCAAGGGUUUAAAUGA